CGGGAGGUACAGUGACAUGUUCUCCCCCGCAUGAUUCCUUUGGGAACUUUUGCGCCAUUUUGUAAUAUUCCUGCCUAAAGCUAUGUCUGCCUCGUCCCUCGCCUCAUGUCCGAAUAAACGGUUAAACCCUCUAAAAUUGCGGCCAUCACUGUCACCAAAUCAGUCAGGUUUCUGAUUUCCCAUGGUUCAACCAGUCGAUAUGGUUGAUAAUCAUUUUGGUCCGUCUGAGGGUGACUGGCAUAGCCAGUACCCUUACAGCCAACACACAGGUGAUUUUGCUCUAACGCCCUCAGAGCUACCUGGCCCCUCGGAACCCACAAUCACGAGAACCUCGAGGGAUGAACCACACGACCCAAGCACGUCAGCUGUGCUCGCACCAUCAAUUCCUAUUGAAUUGUGGGAAAGGCAUCAGAAUGAUGUCAACGCAUCACCAGAUCGGCCUCGAAGGGCCAAGUACGAAAAUCUCGACUGGGAACGUCACGAGGCGGUACUGAGAAGUCUGUACAUCGACAAAAACAAGAGUCUCGCCGACACUAUGAAGAUCAUGGAGCAGCAGCACUCUUUCAAUGCCUCCCAGAAGCUAUAUAAGGAAAAGUUCAAGGAAUGGGGGUGGCAGAAGAACCUUCCAGUCAAAUAUGCCCAGUUCAUGACGGAGAAGGCGAAGAAGAGGAUGAGGGAAGAUGAAAAAGAAACUAUUUUCAUGUACGGAGGACAGAGUUGGACCAAAGAACGAGCAGAAAAAAGUGCCAGUCGUGCCAAGAAGACAAGAAGGGAGGAAGAUGACAUGGAUAUCGAUACCCCAGAAGGUGUAAGCUACAAAACACCUAAGGACUUGGUCGUGUCACCCAACGACCUUGCUGGCUCGUCUGCAAUUCCGAAUAUCGACCGCUCACCAGAGCAAGGCAGAAGUCGAUCCGAAGAUGUCGUGGAGACAGAAUCUCCGGACUCAGGGUCACUAGACCAGACUUUCUCCAAAGUGGCUGCAAAUUUUGAGGACACAUUGCCUCUCAGGUGGAAUGGCCUGAGCAGGGGUGAUCUCAUCGCCAUGUGGGAUUCGGGCAAGGCCUUCAGUGAGCGAAACGAUUGGAAGAAUGCCGAAAAGAUGUUUCUGCAAGCCACUCAAGGCCAUCGCCACAUCUUGGGAUCUACACAUGAGGAUACAGUCAAGGCGGCAUAUGUGCUCGCAAACUUGUACGCCGAAAGUGACCGCAUGGUGGAUGCUGACAAGAUCAUUGAGGACGUAACUCACGACCUGAUUUCGAAGCUAGGACAUGGCCACAAACGAACGCAGCAGCACAUACGACAUGCAGUUGAGCUGCUGAACGGCUGGCAUAGAGAAGAGGAUGCUCUUGGUUUCCUUGCUCAUUCGAAGGAAUUGCUUCAAACCACUCGAAAGAGUCGCCGUCCGACGGUGCAGCGGUUGACUGAGGAUGACCCAGAACCUGCGCUGCCCGGGGGUUCUUUGCCAAUGACUGUUUCAGACGUAACUGAACUUGUGUCUGAGGACGCCAGCACUGCAAACCUGGACUUUGGCCUCGGUUUUUCUCGAUCACAUGUUGUUGCGAAGGACCCGGCCGUCGAGGGUCUGCUUCUGCAAAUUUUACGCCAAUGCCAGCUCAACCCUAGUGGUUUGGCGAUUCAGCACUUGAAAGCUCAAAGUGAGCUUUUGAGCCUUUACGAAAAGCUUGGCAUUAUUGACGAGCGUCCGGACGCCUUUAACCACUCCGAGAUUUUGUUUCGGGAAAUCUGGAAUACCCAACCCUGGGACGAAGACGAGAUUAGGUCAUUUGAAGUGCUGGAGGCCGGCUUGCAACUUGCAGCAACCAUGUUCAAGUGUGCAUACGAAGCCGAGGCCAAGACAAUGUUCAAGGCGGCUGAGGCCAAGUCAAAAGAGCAGUUUGGAAAUGAUGAUGAGCGGACAAUUUGGACUCUUAUAUCUACUGGGUUAGUAUAUCAGACGUACGCGUCUUGGGACGUCGCUGAGCCGUGCUUUGAGAGCGCAUUCGCCCGAGCCCUUUCUACGUGGAGCGACAAAGAUGGGAUUGUGAAAUCUCUCCAACGGGGGCUGGAUAAAAAGCACUUUUCUUAUGUAUCUGGUGAGGGAAGGCCAUACAAGACUGUAUUCGGAGUUUUGGGUGUCUCGAUCCGUCCUGGUCGGCUUCACCUAGAUUGAAACGGUCUUUCAUUUAUGCUCUUGACUUGGUCAUGAUAUGCUGCGCACCACAUAAUGUUUUAAAUAAGUAGGGUGGAUUACAUAACUUGAUGAGAUG